UCCACAGAAUCCAACGAAUCCAACGAAUCCAACGAAUCCAACGAAUCCAAAGAAUCCAAAGAAUCCAAAGAUUGUAAAGAAUCUAGAGAAUCUAGAGAAUCCAAAGAAUCCAAAGAAUCCAAAGAAUACAAAGAAUCCCAAGAAUCCCAAGAAUCCAAAGAAUCCAAAGAAUCCAAAGAAUCCAAAGAAUCCAAAGAAUCCAAAGAAUCCAAAGAAUCCAAAGAAUCCAAAGAACCGAAAGAAUUCAAAGAAUGCAAAGAAUCCAAAGAAUUCAAAGAGUCCGAAGAAUCCAAAGAAGUUAAAGAAUCCAAAAAUUUAAAAAACGAAAUAAUUCGAAAAGCAAAAAAUUCCAAAAAUUUGCAACAAAGCAAGAAGUUUAAGAAAUCCAAUAAUUCAAAAAUGCAAAGAAUGCAAAGAAUCAAAGAAUCGAAAGAAUCGAAAGAAUCGAAAGGAUCGCAAGAAUCGAAAGAAUCGAAAAGAUCGAAAGAAUCGAACGAAUUGAAAAAGCAAAAAGUCUGAAAAAUCUAAAAAGUUGAAAGACUCGAAGGAAUCCAAAGAAUCCAUAGAAUCCAAAAAAUCCAAAAAAUCCAAAAGACUCAACUCUAUAAUAAUAAAAUAAAAAAAAAAAAUUAAAAUAUCCACACAAUCCAAAAAGAAACUCGAAAAUCCAGUAAUCCUAAAAAUCCAAAAAAUUGGAAAUAUCCAAAAAACCCAAAAAGUCAAAAAAUAAAAAACCGAAUAAUAAAAAUAAAUCAGAUAAUCGAAAAAGUGGAACAAUCUAGAAAAAAAUCGAAAGAAUCCAAAGAAUCCACAGAAUCCAAAAAAUCCAAAAAAUCCGAAAAAUCCAAAAAAUGUAAACAAAAAUGAAAAGAAUUCCAAAAAUUUCGAAUAAAUGCAAGAAGUUCAAGAAAUCCAAUGAUUAAAAUCCAAAAAAUUUUAAAUAUCUCCAGUAUAAAAAAAAUACAAAAAAAAUCACAAAACGAAAAAAAAGAAACAAAGAACCCAAAAAAUCUAAAAUAUCCAUACAAUCCAAAAGAAAUCCAAAAACUCAAGAAACGCAGGAAAUCCAAGAAACUUAAAAACCCUUGCAUGCUAAUUUUACUCCAUUUUGAAUACAAAUGCAUGCUUUUUCCAAAAGAAAAACUCAAAAUUAACUAAUACGA